AUGGCUACGGCGAGGCGCUCCCUCGACAAGAACGAGGUCGAGACCCUCGGUCAUCGCCCUUCUGCAGAAGUCCACCUUGAAAAGGUACCGGAAGCCAUUGAGGUUAAUGGCUUUCGCGUGUUUGGUCUGAGUACUGAGGAUGCCGACUUCUACAAUAACUACCCGGCGGACAAGCGAAAGAAAGUGUUUCGCAAGGUUGACAUCCGCCUGAUCCCAAUGCUGGCGCUUCUUUACCUGAUAUGCCAUAUUGAUCGUGCCAAUAUUGGCAAUGCCAAGAUUGAAGGCAUGGUGGAAGACUUGGGCAUGUCGGGUGUGCAGUACAACACCGUCUUGUCUAUUUGUAAGUACCUCAAUACACUGGCCCUCCUGUGA